AUGCCUUCCUCUACAGCUAUUCUCUCUCAGCGCCCACAGUCAGGCUAUAGCCAGUCAACCAAUUCUCAUCGCGCUCGCACUCUUGUAAUAGCCACCCAGCGCCAAAAGAUCCAUCGUCAAUCUUGCUCUCCUACCACAUUCACAGGCGCCUGUAAAAACACCACUAUAAGUCAGAGGAAGCAGUUUCGGGCAUUCGAAUCAAAUCGACUCCAGCCAAAGAUUUCGGCGCGUACUAGUACGCGUCCAGCAUGGAACCCUUCCACCAACCUCCAUUCAAAGAGACGGGCGCCAGACACCCCAGCUCAGCCUGUAACAAUCACCGUACCGCUUAUACCUGCAUCUACUGACGAGGAGCGUGCUGCCCCCGUACGGACGUCUCAACCUUCCAUAAAGCACGUCUCAACAACACAUCCGAUCUCCACUUCGCCAUCACCUGAUUAUGCCUUGAACUCUGGGUCUCCCAUGCCAGCUCUCACGAUCGGUCUUCUUGCUCCUCUUCGGUCGCUUCCACCUCCUUUACGAACUCUUGAGCCUAAUUCUCAAUCGAAAUUUGCGAUAUAUGAACCUAUGUAUGAAUGUGCGAAAGAGGCACCGUCAGAUGCUGAAGUCGCUCGCAUGAAGAAUCAACUCUGCAAAGGGCGACUCAGUGAUUGCAAAUGCGGGCCGGCUAUAUGCGCCUCCGACGCCCUUGAAGUGGUUAAAGCAAACCCCGAGAUUGACAGCUUUGGGAGCAGCCUAAUCGAUGAUAUAAUGGCCAUUACGUUCCCGAUUUGCUCACUCAGAGUCUCAGCCAUAUCCGCUUGUUUGAAAGAUUAA